AUGUCUCUUUUUGGAUCAAACAACACGGCGGCUAAUAAGCCUGCUGGAGGAUUGGGGUUCUCCUUUGGUGGUGCUCUGCAAAACACCCAGCAAAAUCAACAGAAUCAACAACCUCAACAGCCAGCCCAAUUCGGCCAACAGACACAGCAAAAUCAAAACCAGCCUGCUAACAACUCCAAUGCGCUGACUUUGCAAACCUCUGGGUUUGAAAAGAGCAAUAAUGUGUCCACGACAGCUACUUCUAUAAACCCUGAUGGAUCCUCAGGUAAGGUAUUGAAGGACUUGUUAGAAUCUGCCAGCAACUUGCCUCGCUUGGACAACAUCAAUGUCGGCUCAAUUCACUUACCAUUGAGUGAGUUGCAAAACCGUACAAGGCUGUUGAGGAAGAACGAAACCGGCUCUAAUGGUUUCACUAAGGCCCACUACUUGCUCUCGGGUAGUGGAAUGAAUGCUGGCGAUAUUGAGAUGGAGCUCAAGAGCCUUCGUGGUCCCCCUACGUCUUUGGAUCAGCGCAAUCAGCAACAGCAGCAACAGCCUCUGCUGCCGAAAGAUCAGCAACAAGACCGAGAAGCCUCAUUGGGCCACGAAGAGAGACUGCUUCAGGCAGGAAAAGCCUCCGAAUCACGUCAAACUGGCAGAGGCAUCCACAACAUAGAGAAUUACUUGAGAGCUAAGAAGGAUGAGAAUAUCUUGAAUGCAAUUGAACUGUCUCUUAUCGCUGCUUCUCGUGAUUUUGACAGUUUCAUAACGAAGAACAUUUCGAUCGAUUGGAAAGUUCGCAAAGACCACUUGAAAAAGUCACUCGGCAUUCCUGUCAAAACGAAAAUCAGCCCUGAAGAACUUUCGAAGUCAUUUACAUGGAACCAGACCCAACCAGGCAACUAUCGCAUUUUGACACCUUUGAAAAAUAAGGCUGCAUCAUCUUCCAGUGUCAGGCAACUUACAAGAGAAAAGUUUGAGAGCCACGCAAAAAUUGUAUACCUGUUGAAUGAGGCUCGUUUGAAGCAGCAGCCCUUUCCUAUUGCCUUGAGUUUCGAAGAGUUGAACAAGUCCUACCUGGACCUCAAAGCUAAGCAGUUGGCUGAUGCAUGGAAAGUGAUCGCUACUUUAACAAAUGAAAAAUUUACAAAACUUGACCAGGAGCAGGCCUUCUUCGAGGAGUACCAAGCCAACCCAGACAACACAUCGUUGAAGAAGCGUAUUGUGAUCAAUUCCAAGUCCUGCUUGGAGAAGCAGUUCUUUGACUAUAUGGAUGAAAGCUUUACUAAAGAUGACGCAAAACUACCUGAACACCGUUUGCCUAACAACAUCAACAAGGUGUCACAUUUCAUCACCAAAGUUGUAACUAAUAACAAUGAUGCCGAGUUUUUGAAACGAACCCUUCAGGUCAACGGCGUUCCCGUGUGGGCUUUGAUUUACUACCUCUUGCGCAGUGGUCUCUAUUCCGACGCUGUUCAGUUUGCUAACCUGAGAAGAGAACUCUUUGAAAAAUUUGACAAGAACUUCCCAUUGUACUUGUCGAGUUAUGUCAAAAACGACUGUUGCGGUUUACCUGGUGAUCUCCAAGAAAGACUCUCGUCGGACUUCAACCAAACGUUCCAAUUUCUUGAUGAAAAAUCUCCUGGUUUCGACCCAUAUAAAUAUGCGGUGUACAAGGUGAUUGGCAAAUGCGACUUAGCCAAAAAGACACUUCCCGCUGCCGUCAACCUCAGUAUCGAGGACUGGUUGUGGUUUCAUCUUUCCCUCAUCAAUGAAUUCAACUUUGAUGCAUCCUCGAGUUUGAUUUAUGAAAACUACAGACUUGAGAACUUGCAGAAGAAAGUGUUGUCUCUCGGUCCCACAAAGUUUAAUGCGUCAUCUAACAAUCCACUGUACCUCAAAACUUUAAUAAUGCUUGGAUUGUACGAGCUCGCCGUUAAAUUCGCUUAUGACACUAUAAAUGAGUGUGAUGCAGUUCAUCUUGCGAUCGGUUUAUGUUAUUACGGACUUCUUAGGGUCUCAAGUGUGUCCAAUGACGAUUUGAUAACCAUCAACUCGUCUGAAAAGCAUGAAAUCAAUUUUAGCAGACUUGUCGGAUCUUACACAAGAACUUUCAAGAUCAGUGAUCCAAAAGUGACUGUGCAAUAUCUUAUCCUUAUAUGCUUGGCUAAAGGCGGUCGCUCUCAAGAAGAGACUGCAAAAUGCCAUGAGGCGUUGCGUGAGCUCAUUCUUAUCACUCGCGAGUUCACCCUUUUGUUGGGUGAACUCAACGAUGUCACUGGGGAAAAACUGCCGGGUAUUCUUGAGAAGCAGAGGCCGCUUAUCAACUUGUCGGACUUAACCAAGUUUCAGCGUACGAUUGUGGAUGUGAGUGCCUCGAGAUGUGAAGAAGAAGGGAGAGUGUUUGAUGCGCUUUUGCUCUAUCAGUUGAGUCAGGACUACGAUGUUGUUGUUCGCCUUAUAAACGAGUUUGUUGGUGAGACUUUGUCAAUGUCCGAGCUUGACAAGCCCCUUUUGUCUGGCGCCACCUACAGAACUGCUACAGGUGAAAAUAAGCCAGAGCAGAGUAUUGAAAAUAAUUUCAUACUCCUCAGCAAGCAUGUCAUGGGUACAUUUAACAACAAUAGCUCCAUUUUGGACAAAAUUUCUCCCGGUGCCAAAAGAGUAAAUGAUGCGUUGUUAACGGUGGUGGACAUUCGUGAGACUUUUGCAGCCAAGGACUGGCGUGUGAGUUUAGCUGCGCUUCAAAAGUUGCCUUUCUUAAGCGCACUUAAUAGCGACGACUUUGUUGAGAUCAGAAACUCUGCUGAAUCAUUGACAAAUUACGAUGUCGCUCUCGUGCGUGUUAUACCUUCCUUGCUAGUCAUGGUGAUGACGAGUGUUGCACAACUCACACAUGGAAUUAAAUCCAAGCGGUUCGGCUCCUUGGGUAGUGAAAGAGACGAAUUGACAUCACUCCGCAAAAUCGCCAAGAAUUGCAUGGUUUACGCUGGCCUCAUUCAGUAUAGAAUGCCUCGCGAGACCUACAGCUUGUUGGUGAACCUCGAGCUGCAGUUGUAA